CCAUUAACGUGUUGACUCGUGUGUUCCUACUAUAUAUGCUAAGUGAGCAAAUAUACAACGACUCUCUUCUUCUAAUUGUGUCUUUCACCUAACUUUGCAAAGAAAAGAAAUAUAAACUCUCUUCCUCCUUCUUUCUUUUCUUGAUAAAACAAAAAUCCUCCAUCUUCUGAUUAGGUCUAAACUAAAAUGCCAUCAAAGAGGGCAAGAAAACCAAACCGAGUUGAGAAAAAACUCAAAAGAACUCAUUUCAAGAAACAACUUCCACAACACAAGAACACCGACACAAAUACUAUUCUUGAUCAUGCUUCUUCUUCUUCUAGUAUCGUCUCUUCGUGUUCUUCUACAACGACGUCGUUCUCUCGUCAAGACACAAAAUACUCUGCUCCCUCUCCUUCUCCGACGGUGCUGACGUCGUCACAUGGUGAAGGUGGUGGCGGCAGCGGUUGUUUUACCCCUAAAGCUCAUAAGUACCGGAUACCGGAGAUGAUGACUUGUCCACCGGCUCCAAAGAAGCAAAGAGUCCCACAGAACUACGUGUUGCCACGGAGGCAGAUCGUUUUCUUUGCUCCUCCUGAGAUUGAGCUCUUCUUCGUCAAAGCACACGAUCAAUAAACAAAUUUUAAUUACUAUUUUUAGUCUUUUUUGUUAUUAGUGAGGGGAUUAAUCGAUACGGAAAGUAGUAUGAGAAGCUGAUCAAAUUUUAAUCUCUUUGAUUUGUUGAUACAAUAACGAAGAGUAUAUUAAAAAUAAAAAAUGUUUCUAGUGAUUUUUAAUUAUUAUUUUGGGUUUUUUUUUCUUGAUCAUUUUGUUCUUUUUUGGCGCUUGUUUUUUUUUUGGUGAUAAUUUGAAUGAAGUCGGUUUGAGUUUUGUGGUAGGGUAAUAUCAAAAUCAACUACGAUAUAAAAACUAUAAUUGAUAGCCAACCCUUUUAUUAUUUUAUACUUUUCUGGCAUACUUUUCUUAUGUGCUGUGUGUUAGGUUGCUAUCCUUUAAUUUCUGGGCCUAUUAGCUUUGUCGGUUUCUGUAAUUUGAGGCGUGGUUUGUCUUCGACGCUAGUUUGUUCAUGUAUUGCUUGAGCUUUUGGUCAUUUUCCUCUUUUGUUUGAUCGACAGAAACAGUUGCUUCCUGCACGGAACAUUCAUACUGUUUGGGUCCCAAUAGCAUUAAGACAACAACAUUAGCACCGAAUACUAUUGAGACAUCUUCAUACAAGUUUACACCACUGAGGUUGUGAUUCUCAAACUAUACAUCAGCACCGAUUACUAUUUUGUAUUCAUGCAUUAUGCAUAUGUGCGCACUAACUACUCUUGGUAUUAAAAGACAAAAAUUAAAGAAAAUAGUUGUUUUCUAUGGCUAUGUAACAUAAUGGGCAAUGAUAUCACUAAUUAAUUUAAUCCUAUCAAAAUGGUUGAGAAGCUCAAUUUUUUGUUGUCUAACUUAAUGUACCUUUAUCUAUGUCAAAUAUAUUAUCUUUAUAAGUUACAAAAAAAUACUUUAUGUUAUAUUU